UCAAAAGUAAAGAUGGCGUUAAUGGGUGCGCACGGUUGCUAAAUCUUCUCGGGUGUGUUUUCAAUUUUUCUGGGCUUCUAAAUGUUAUAAAAAGAAAAUAAAAUUACUUAAAAAGUGUGGGGUUAUGAGCAGAAUAUUAACGUGUAACUGUUUCCAACAAAAGUGAGUCGGAUUCGAGUCAAUAGUGUGAAUAUCCAAGAAAUUGCAUAUAUAAAAACAAUUUUCAAGGCGUAGUAGAAGGAAAAUUCCGAUUCGGUUUUUUCUGUGUAUAUGUGAAUGGGCAAAAAAUUUGCAACACCCUACACAGAUAGUUAUUAAUCCGAAUAAUUAAAACGGUUAAUAUAAAUCAAAGAAAAAUGUUGUGCAAAUUGUUUAUCCCCAAACGAUAAAUGUGUUAUGUAUGUGUAUGUAUGCGCUAUGUAUUGAGCGAUUUUAAAUUUGUGUUGGAAUUCCAUUUAUUAUGCAUGCUUGCUGAAAAAAUACCAAUACUUGGUAGCCAAUCCCUGCGCAGUAAAUCCCUUCAUCAACAAUUCGUAUCAGUAGCUGUUUGUGUGUGUAUAUGUUUUGCUUAGGUGCAAGGACGAAAGGGAUACAUACCCAUUCACAACACGCAAAGAAUAAGCUCAGUUCUAGACCAAUUGGAUGAAUAUAACAAAAUAACUUAAACUAUUUUAAACUUCGCCAAAUUCCACCCGCUCAAGCAACGAUGAUGAACAACAAAUUCUUUCAGAGUCGCAUAGCAACGCCAAAGAAAUUGUGAUUCUAAACUAUGUAAAUAGAUGAUGUAACAGAUAAUGGAUGAACAACGGAAACAGACAGUUGUUUGAACACAUUAUUAUGAGAGUUGGUGUUACUACGAGUAUAUUGAAUAAAUGUUCAAAUAAAAGUUACUGUGCAACAAAAUACCAACUUUAUGCUCAUAAGAAUCAUACAAAUGCACAAAUACGAAACGUUUUUCAUCGAACGACUUAAAAACCAGCCAAUCGACUCUGAUUGCACACGAAAGACGCCCACAUUCAUUCCAAAUUGAAGAAAAGCAAAAAAUACAUAUAAAACGAAGAAGAAAAAAAAAUUAACAAUACCGAAAUAAGCCAAGUGAAUUCGAGCAAUGAAGCAAAGCAAAAAUGUAAAUAAAGCGAACCUGAUGUGACGAAACGGUGCAAUACGUAGGCUAAUGAUUGUAAAAUAGCAGAUAUAUUUUAAAAUUAAUAGUAGUAGCAAUAGGGACCCAAAAAAUUUCGUUUUGUUUAUAAUUGUUGUGUGAUUACAGUAAGGCGUUGUCCAGCUAUAAGUGGAACUAUAAUAAUCGUAUAUUUAAUGCUACUCAAUUAGAUCAAUUCAAACCUAAUUCAUACAACUAAAGUCAUAAGCAGUAAAAUUUAUUAAUCAAAAAGCAACGUUACCAGUGCGUAUUGUAAAGAAAACUAGCAUAAAAAAUUAUUCAAUAUAUUUCGUAAAAUAAGUACACCUGCAUAAGAGGAGCAUAAACAUCCGAAAAUAAAACGACGUUUGAAAAACUAUAAAAAUUUUGGUCUAUAAAAUGUCAUUAGCCGACAUGGGUACAGCGACGCGCGGUGGCGGUAUGAGCGGAGGUGGUGUUGGUGUUGGUGUUGGCGGCGGUGGUGUGGAUAUUGGCAUUGGAGUGCCAGGCGGACGUAUGACUCACUCGCUGAGCACACCAUCUGGAGUCGAUGGUACACCAUCCACACCACGUCAUCGCGGUGGCAAGAAGCUAACUGUUCGCAUCCAAAUGUUGGACGAUUCGGUGACUAUGUUUCAAGUGCAGGCCAAAGCACUCGGACGUGUUCUGUUCGAGCAGGUGUGUCGACAAUUGAAUCUUCUCGAGGCAGAUUACUUCGGGUUGGAAUAUCAGGAAAUCUCAACACACACUAAAUAUUGGCUGGACCUUGAGAAACCUUUAAAUCGACAAGUCGGCCUGUCACUCAUCGAUCCGGUGCUUCGCUUCUGCGUUAAAUUUUACACUCCUGACCCAGCGCAACUCGAGGAGGAGUACACAAGGUAUCUUUUCUGUUUGCAAAUUAAACGAGACUUGGCCAAUGGGAGUUUGCAGUGCAACGACAAUACCGCCGCCCUAAUGGCCAGUUACAUAGUGCAAGCGUCAUGUGGCGAUUAUGUGCCUGAAGAUUAUCCUGAUCAUACAUAUUUGUCAUCAUAUCGCUUUGUACCUCAUCAGGAUGCUUCUAUGCAGCGUAAAAUCAUGGAAAAUCACAAAAAGCAUGUCGGUCAGUCUCCUGCUGAGGCUGAUUUGAAUCUUCUGGAAACGGCCAGACGCUGUGAAUUAUAUGGCAUGAAAAUGCAUCCAGCGAAGGAUGUUGAGGGCGUACCACUCAAUUUAGCAGUCGCUCAUAUGGGCAUUGCCGUCUUCCAAAACAUCACACGCAUCAACACCUUCUCGUGGGCGAAAAUACGCAAGAUAUCGUUCAAACGUAAACGGUUCCUGGUGAAACUACAUCCUGAAGGAUAUGGUUAUUAUAAAGAUACUGUGGAGUUCUUCUUUGAGGGGCGUAACGAGUGUAAAAACUUCUGGAAGAAGUGUGUAGAGAAUCAUGGUUUCUUCCGUUGUGCUGCGGUGCAGAAUCAGCCCAGGCGAAAGGCGCGCGUUUUGUCGCGUGGCAGUUCCUUCCGUUACAGUGGCAAAACACAGAAGCAAAUAAUCGAAUUCGUGCGUGAGAAUUAUGUAAAGCGUCAAAACUUCCAAAGGUCACAGUCAUUCCGGCAAGGGCCAUUGAAUGCUAGUAGCCGAAGUCAGUCGCAUACGUAUGUGAACUCCAGCAUUUCAGCCAAUCCCCUUCUCCCAAUUGACACUGCGGACUGGGAUUAUCGCAAUCAAUGCACCGCCUCGACGACGCUUUCUCUGACGAAGAAGGCAGCGGAUACCUUGGAUCGCCGACAAGACAAUCCUACAGACCACACGCGUUCUCAAGUCACAGCAGCCCAGGUGGAGAUCUAUCAGACGAAGAAUUAUGCUCCGGAAUCGCCAACAUUGGCGGCGGAACAGCAACACCACUCGGCAGCGGCUAUGGACCAAAUGAAUUCGAACCGGUCUGUCUCUCCUCAGGGUCCGGGAUCGUGGACUUCGCCCAAUCACAGCAGUCAGCAGCACAGCAGUAUGCGCGCCCAAGAUCAGGCUCGUGCGCAUCAAGGCGAUCACAAUUUAGGUCUGAGCCACUUGUCCCACUUAUACAGCAGCAGCACCCCUCGUCGAGUCUCAGUGGCAUCCCAAGCGUAUGUCCCUGCGUCGCCGCCGCUCAUGCACACCAACAACAGCAACAGCAACACCAUCAACACUAUAACCACCAACACAGUGGGUCUAUCGGUGGAUCUCAGCAGCUCUAUGGAAUUGGAACAGGAGGAGGAUUUGGGGGAGGAGGAGGAGGAAUUAGUCGAGGAGGAAGCGGAUUCGGACUUGACAGCAUCUACCACCAAUCGGGAGAGUAUGGUAUCAGCGGAGCCGGGCCCUGUCCAUCAUCAGCAGCUUCGGUUACAGGAGUCCCAAUCGGAAACUGUCACCCCAGUCCAUUAUAGCAGUACCAAUUAUUCGAUGUCUAAACAGUGUUUGCUUAAUAAUAAUAACUCAACUGAAACUGAUACGGAUAAUAUCAUAUACACAGACAUAAACGACAUUCGACAUUACAAAUAUCCAGACUUUAUGAAUAGUUCCAAAACCGAAAAUAAAAUAUCCAAUUCCGAAAACUUAAAUCUCAAUGAUCGUAACGAUAUUUACGCAACCGUUAAUCGUAAAACUAAAUCCAAAUCGCGAGAGAAACACUUCAGUGAUGAGUUCAUUGAUGAAUCUAUACUGCAGUACGCGCUAUCCAAGCAAAUGGGUAUUACGGAUAUGCAAAAGCAUAACGGACAAAUCGAAACGGAUCGUGGGUUUUCAAGUCUUAAUUACCAGUAUCACAAUGACUUGAAUCAUCCGUCUGAUUCGUCGUCCUCUUAUUUUGGAACUGGGUUUGGUACUAAACGCUAUGCUGCGAUCGAGCGUGCCAAACUGACACAUUCCGAAAAUUUUCUAACACCAUCAAUGGACUCCCAGAGCUCUGCAUCGGGUAUAGGUGGUUCGACGACUCGGCGUCAUACGCACUCAUUGCCACGUAACUCUGAAUUGUCCGGUGUAGAUUCUGUUGACUCCUACGAUAGUCACUAUAUCACUCAUCACAGCGCUGCAGGUUCGCCCUUGAAUCGUUUUAAAACAUCUUCAGAAAAACUUGAAUUUGAAAUAUCGUCAGGCAACUUGUAUUCCGCUAGACAAUAUAAUAAGGAGGAAUAUGAAGAGGAGAACAUAUACGACCAAGUGGAGAAGGAGCCCUGGUUGAAGAGCAGUUCUUGCAAAGAUCUGUACGAUUUUUCUUCAUUUUAUGAAAGCGAAAAGUCGAAGCCAAUGACUGCUUUCGACAAGGAGUUCCUCUCGUUUAAUCGUAUUGAUUCUCCCGUUACACGUUACGAUGAUUCGAGACACUCAAUGUAUAUUACGAAAAACCAUUCCAUUGAUGCCACACAAGACUUUUCCCCAUUACCCAACUCCAAAGUGUAUUCCUCAAGUUACCCUGGCAGCACUUACAAUAGUCAAGAUCAGCAACACAAGCGAGGCUAUGGGCAUCACGUUGACUAUACCGGUUCACAAGACGAUAUCUCGCAGGAUAGUUACGAAUUACUUGAAAAGUAUGAUAUCGACUUCUUUGUUGGUCGUCGUCGCUCAGAUGAUCAAAUGCGUUCUUGCUCGCUUGAUUCGGGUAACUACAUACCGAGCGACGACGAGUCGGUUUCGGAACAGCAUAAAUAUCGAUCGGCAAUGGAUGUUAAGAGUAAAUCAGCUGUUGAUAUUAUGAAUGAAAUUUGGGACUCAGAAGAUCCACGAUACUUGCCUCGUGAGAAGUUAUCGGUCAAGUCAGACGGUAGCUUUUAUAAAAAAGUCAAAGAGGCUCUCUCACGCACGUCCAGUCAAGAGAGUCGUAGUGAAGUGUUUGAAACGAAAAUUUCGCGUAGUUCAGACUCUAGUAAAAAAUCACGUGAUAGUUUGUAUCACACUGAUAGCAAGAAAUCACGUGAAACAACCAAAAGUAAGACUUCAGUGGCAUCUAGUCAAGAUUCUAAAGAGUCUCUGGUAGGAGACUGCUUUGGUCGCAAUUAUGAAAUGCCAACUACAACCGGAAAGAAACUAAAACAUUUAAAUAAAAAGGAACAAUACGAAAAGUACCAGCAGUCUAGUCAGGAAUCAAAGAGCGACUAUUACGAUGCCGUAGAAGGUGUUGAAACCGAUAGUCUCUGUGGUCGACCAAAGGUAAAAAGCCAUGAUUGCUUGUUGUCCGACACACAUAGCUCCACAGCGAACAGUUCGUUCUACGACAGCCGUGACACAUAUUCAACGUUUCCAAGCAAUAAAUCACAUAAAACUUCUAAGGUGCAUUCGAUCAGCCUUCAAAAUGUAGAAAUUGAAAGAAAUACCAAAUCAUUUGGAGGUAAAUCACCCGAUGCUGCUUCGGCACCCACAUCAGGUAAAAAAUGCGAGGAAAAAGAAAUUCAAACUAACGAUUCUAUCGAUCAAACAGCACCAAUUAAGAAGGGAGACACACAGUCGUCAAAAAUUUCUGCUUUCCGACGUCGCUCGGAUAGUGAAAAUAUAUUCAGUUUUGACCAGGACCGCAUCGAAUGCAUUCAAAAUUAUACGAAGCAAUGGGAGGUCCGAGGCAAGGACGAGAAACCCAAGCAAAGCCCCGAGUAUCCCUUAACUCCCGAGCUAAUCUCAGAAUUUGAAAAACAACAAGCGCGUGCUGCCAAACAAAAAGUAACGCGUAAAGAAGAAUUGAUGGCUAAAACUCAUUUUGAGGAAUACAAUCCGAUUAUGGCUCCACUAAAUUACGCACACGCUACAGUGGAGCGUACUAAAAGUGAUCCAAAUUCCUUGGCUAAUCGCGCGCGUCUUGGUAGCAACUCACGGCGCCAUGUUUUGAUGCAUCAAAAGUCUAUAGAUCUAACUCCAGCCGAUUCCAGUGAUGAAGAUUAUGUUUACAAGCAAAUACCAAGUGCUCCGCCACUGUGCAAAGCGCAUGGUAAUUUUGAGAUCCCAAAGUGCUUUGAUGUGCCGCAAGUUCCGGUUGAUAUACCAAAAACUGGAUUCGAAUUGCCGAAGAGCUUCUUCAGAGAGUACGACAGACGUUUUCCAAAAGUGUUGAAGGACGACAUACCAUAUGUCUUACAUAAGCGGCAUGUCAUGAAUGGAACAGCCCCCUCACUUGGGGAAAAGAAACAUACGAAACCCAAGUCGCCAAAAUCACCAAAGUCACCGAAAUCUCCAAAAUCUCCGAAAUCGCCAAAGGCAGAAGCCUCAAAAGUCACCGCAACCUCAGUUAGCCAAGCUGCCGAUUUUUUGCCAGACAUACUUGACAGUUUGUUACCAGCUGAGACCAAAGAAUUUCUUUUUACUCAAAAUAUUGAUCUAUCUAAAGUUGACCCCAUAACUUUGGAGGUAGAUAAGUCCAUACCGACUAUAGAAUUGUCUUCGCCGAAGCGAGAUAUUACAAAACAGAUGGAUCCCUCAUUGUUGGAAAAACUAAAUAAAAAACUCAGUCAAAUAGAGAGUGACUCCGCAACUUCAUCUCGUACAGAGAGUAUCCAACAGCAGAAGAAUAAACUUGAGCAAAAGCAAAUAGAACUUAUCCAGAGUCUUCGCAAAGAGCUACAAGCCAAUACUAGAAAAGUGGUAAAGCCGCGUGUAAUACCAAAAACCAAAAUUUCAAACAAACCUAAGAAAGCCAAAACUCGCAUCACAUCUUUUUCCUCUGAUGAUGAAAGUCUUGAUUCCGAUGAUGUUUUCGGUUCGGCAGAAGCAAUACCCGCUCGACUUGAGUUCUCGCCUCCCCAAUCACGUAAAGAAAUCGAACCAAUAUUACGCAUAGAACAAAGUCGUUUGAUAUCAGCAGCAUGGGGUCGUGGACAGACGAUGAGCUCAACGGAAAUUGAGGGGUCACCACCACAAUGCCGCCGACUUGCUGAACUGGAAAGUCGCUAUCAUACACAAAAACUUGAUCCGCAAUAUGCCAAUACGACAGAGUUGAGACGCAUUUCUGAGCGAUCGAUUUCGAUUCCGUCCUCAGAAGACGAGCCACCACUGCAUGUCCCUACAAGACGUAUGGAUGAAUGUACAAACGAUUAUCAACGCAACGAAAAUAUUCCGUCGCCAAUAUUAGAACACGCAGAGUUUUUCCGAAGCAAUGAUGAUAUUUACGAAACUUGCCAAGAGGAAAAAAUUACCGAAUCUGAUAUUGAUUAUACCCUUAAGAAGAAAUCGUCGCCACGUACUGAAGUACCAAAAUCAAAAGCUAAAUUCAUCGAAGAAAUUAUAGACUCCUCAAUAGUGAUGCGGUCCAAAGGUCAUGCUCCAAUACUAUUUGCGCAUGCUCGCCUCAACUUGUCUGAGGGUUCGGUUUCGCUACAACGACAAAAGGCGGCUCAAGAGUCACCAACAACUGAGAGACGUACUAAGAGCCUAGAUACUCCAGUCAUAUCAUUGCACAGACUUCCACCUAUGAACGCAUUUUCAUCUAAAGAUGAUACCGUUGGGUUUGAGGAGGAAGCCGAAAUUUUGGAGGAGAAAUCUCUUGAGCGUGAGUCUGGUGGCCAGCAAGAUGAUGACACCGCCGAUAGUGUGCACUCUUGCGCAGGUUCUAUACCUACACAAACCAGUUAUUAUACUGUAGGAAAGGAUUCUCUAUUCAACACAGUGACCAUUGAUGAUGAAGAAAUUCAGUUGUUGGAUCAGCUGAAGUAUAUUGAGAAAAUUGCAUUGCAAGGCGUUAAAAUUAAGACAAAGAAAAAAUCAAAGAUGAAACUAAAAAGUGGAGAUCACCUAAUUUUAGACAUACCAAAGUAUCGUUUUACCGAUUGGUCGCCAUACAGCUCAGCCAAUAGCUCUCGGAAGACAUCUCCAGGAGUUUCGCGUGCCAGUAGUAUUGAGAGUGCUGGAAAAGGCAAAUUGAAAAUUGGACCGAAAUCGCCAGAGAGUAUCAAAAUCAAGCCAGGAACUUCGCGAAGCCGACCAGAGUCACGUCGCACUAGCAUGGACGAUGUUAAGGUAAAAGAUGGGAAGGGCAAAAAAUCAAGUCCUAAAGAGCGUCCACGUUCGAUUGAAGCUCGUCGUCUAAGUAAGGAUAAAAGCAAAUCACAGGAAGAAACCGAGGCAGAUAUAGCUAAACGAAAAGAGCGCCAACAAAAAUUGUACGAGUCCGCUAUGAAGCAGACCAUAACCAUGCUCAGUCCUGUUAAAGAUUCAUUGCCGCCAUUCCCGGCUCCGGAAGACAAAAUUUCAGUAAAGACAGAUGGAGAUAAAAUUAUAAUAGAAACAGAGUUUAAGAGUAAAGCUGAAGACCAUGUUUUAAUAGCAAAGUCGCCCCGUAAGUUGGACACGUCUUUGGUGAAAUUUAGUCGCAGCUUCGACGAAGGACGUAGUCCAGACAAGUUAGAUAAAGCGAAUCGCAGUUUUGAAGAUCGAAAUAAAUCAUUUGAAGAGUCGGAAAAAUCAGACGUACCAGAAGACAUGGUUAUUAAAUCUCCCAAAAAAAUCGCCAAAAGCCAUGAGAUUAAACAAAAAAUCGAAGGAAGUGUCGUGCACAAAAAAAUUGAUGGAAAAUCUAGCAGCUUGGAAAAACCUAGUGAACACCAUUAUUUGGGAACGGAUAUAAAAGCAAAGAGCCUCGAUGAUAAGAAGCCAUCAUCAACUGCGGAAGCAAAGAAAGCGGACGACAAAUCUGUCACUCGGAGCGCUAUUGGGGAUCGACGCAUGUUCGCUCAUCAAUACAAUGUGUACGAAGAUAUAGAUAUGCAGGCAGUUAUUUCGGAAAGGCGAUCAUUAGAGAUUUUAAAAAGGUCUUUGCCCUCCGAAGACACCAAAGACAGCGACGGUAUAUACAGUCGUAAACCAUCAACGGCAGAAAGUUUGGAAUCGUUUGUGUCGGCCGAUGAUAGUCAUUCACCAGCAAGCAAGUCUCCAGUUCCGCCAGAAGUGUAUCCACAUCGGGUACCAACCAUUGAAUGCGAAGAACCAUCCAUUGAGGAAGACGAUAACUCUGGAGAACGUCAUUUGAAGGUGUCACGCCAAGAUACAAAUCGAUUAAGUUUGGAUCGUAGUCGUAGCGAUGAAACAGGGUCGUGGAUAACUGUAGAGUGUGAUGAAUUUGUUGGUUCUGACACAUCUGAUAAUGAACCACGUACUUUGGAGCCAGACCGCAAUAUAUUGGAGACUCAAGCUACUUUGGAGGAUGCCGUGCCAUUAGAGUACUCUAAUUGUGCCACACCUACAUCUGAUUUAAACAUUUUGGUAACACCACCAAAUACAAGCCCAAUGGUAGAGAAAUCUGUUUUGGAGACAUUUGAAAAACAAGCUGAGAAAUCCGAUACUAAAAAGAAACACAGCUUGGACAAACAAAGCGACAAAUCAAAAAGUUCUGAUUCGUGGACAAGUGGAGAAAAAGAUGUUAGCCCUCAUCGUGGUGAACAUCAUCACGAUUGGAGUUUAUCAGUAAGUGGUGGAAAGGAAAAAAGUUCCAUGGACGAAGAGUCAAGUGUAAGCUGCUCAAUCGCAAGACCGUUAGGAAUUUCUCAAGAUUUUGGGGAUGUAGAAGAGAGAAAAUGUCUUGAACUUAAACAACGAAUGCUUAAAUUGGAUGUUGGCAACGGAGGCGAAACAGAAGGGGUUGCAUCAACAAAAACAAGUCCCACGGGUGAAAAUGAAGCAACACCUACCAAUGAACCGAAAAUUAUAGUAAAGAAACCAACAACGCCAACCCUAGAAAAACAAAGUCCUAUAGAUCUAGGCAUUAGCACCGAAACUUUUCUAGAUCCAAUAGAUGAAAAGUUAACAAAGCUUCUACAACGAAAUGAAGAUAGUGAAUCUAGUUCGGGAGCCUCUAAAAAACCGCCGAAAAUUGAGAAACCCGCACGUGCUAAUGCUGGUAAAAAGUUAGCGGUAGUCAGAAGUGAUGGGACUGAUAAGCCUGGAAAAUCAGGCAGUAGUUCACAGGAAUCGAAGUCAAGUUUCGAUUCAAAGGGUUCGCUGAGUGUUGAAUCGCGUGGCUCAUUCGAAACCGAAAGUAGCUCGGGUUCAAUGGGCGCAGCCCAGCGAAGAGGAGAAUUGCAACAGAAAGAGCAACAAACUACAUGGAAGCCGUUCCCCAUUGAAAGUUCAGGAAGCUCAAGUACAGAUGAUCCUUGGCACCAUGUCGAAACUGAUGGGUAUGAGCGAUAUGAUGCCAAUAAUCCAUUACGAGAUUCCUCAGAUAGUGACUUGAAAGAAGUGUCACCGGAUGAACAAAAAGAAAGUGAUACAAGCUUUCAGGAUGAGUUAAAUGACUUUCCAACUACAUUUGGUUACCCAGCUAUGACGAGUUCACUAAGUGGCAUCGGUGUAAAUCCUACAGAUAUUAUUGGUUACAGCACUGGCUUUACUCUGGGACGAACCUUGUCGCGGAUAUCAGAGCGGAGCACAGCGUCUGAAAAAUCAAGUAUGGAAGACGAUGUCAGUAAGGCAUCCACGCACUCUGUAAGUAUGCGCGACGAAUCUGUAGGUUCCACUGAUCAUCAACCUAGCCUGAGUUCAGACUCUAGAAGCAAUACGAAUUUGGCUUAUAUCUCGGAUGCAGAUCGACGUACCUCGGCCGAAAUGCCGGAGAUUCCAUGUGACUCGGCAACUGGCGAUCGACUUUCGAGCAUUGGUAGUUUUAAUGAGCCGAAGUCCCCGAUAGUAGUAACUGGACGGUUUUCUAUUACCCAGGUCGAAGAGCAACAGGGCGAUGAUGUUGAUAGACACACGCUUAUGUGUCUUUCAAAUGCAGGAAGUCAAGAUUCAGAAGACUGGCCUCUUCCAGAAAUACCUUUCGACCAUGUGCCAGUGAAGCCUGUCGAAUCUAUCUAUCAAAUGCCCGACUUAGAUAAGCCUGUGCCAAAAACAUUUUGCUGGAAAGCUAGUAAAUCUUUUCAGUCACAAGAUUCACAGGAAUGGCCUUCUCCACCGGCUAGUGCCGUUGAGCCUCCAUUGAUAAUAGAAGACAUUGAAACAUAUUAUGCCACAGAAGCACAAAGUGCUGAUCAAGUAAUGGCCGAUGAUAGACUCUCCAAUGAAGACUUUCCAAUUACUCCACCAGAUGUAGCAAAAAUUUUACCUUACGAAGAUACUGCAUAUCUAAUGUCUGCUGCAUUUGAAGAUAAAGAUUUCGGCAACGAAGAUACCCAACAUGACACCCCGACGUGUUUAAGUUCAACUUUGAGCGCUGCCUCAUGCCUUUCGUCUUCAUUUAAUGUAACUUGCUCGUCCUCGCAAAAAUCAACCCAAAUCUCGCCGCUUCGCAAAGAUUCUAGUCCCGAUUCGGUGAUUAUAUCACAACCAACGCGGUCACCAACAAUCCGCAGCCCAAUUUCUGAAGAUGAAGUUUUCUCUAAUGACGAUGUAUUCAUGCCUGGCACCGUAAAAAUCCAACUGUCUUCUGAUGAAAGUCGAACAACGGAAUACUUGAGAAAAUUAUCGAGGGGUUCAAAUAACUCUGAUACAUCAAUUGAUGAUAUUUUAUCAACGUCUGGAACAUUCAUGGAAGAUCAGACCACAGUUCGUCGAAAUUAUGAAUCUCGUCUCAGUACAGGCUCAUGUAAAAAAUGCAGUCAUUCUAGUCAUUCUGAGGAGGAGACCAGUUCAAUUGGUACCGAUUUGGAUGGUACGGUGCGCAUGGGCCUGCAGCAGAAGAAAUGUACUCACAGUUCCCAUUCGGAAGACACAUCUAUUGGACUGAGUAUUUCUGAGUGGUCCACGGGCACCAACACAGUACGGCAGUACGCGAAUCUUUCCGGAUCAGAUAGUCUUUCGGCAGUAUCAACCCAAUCGUGUGCAAAAAGUGAGAAAUCGAAUCAUACUAAGUCCAGCAUGAGUUCAAUAAAUAAAUCAGCUGAGAGCUUGAAUGAGCAAAGUGGAAGCUUUUCAAAAGGACUAUCGGGUGAUAAUGGUUCUUCUGAUGGCCUACGCUAUGACAUACUCUCAAACUCUGAAACGGAAAAAAUGUCUGAAGCUACUUCGGCGACAAAAAGUGACGAUACAACGUUAACUUUGACGGAAAUGGCGCAUACCAUAACCGAGUGGUCUACAUCCAGUAGUCGAACUUUGGUGGGAGCUCAGCCUGGCGAAAGCCCACAGGAUACCAGAGGUAGCAGACGAAGCAGCUACAUAGACUAUGUGCCGCUUAAACAAACACGUGUGGUAGCGAAAAAAUCUCCCAGCGAGGAGUUGCGCACUAAUAUUCCACAAGUACAUCGAAGAAGUGCUAGUAAUGGCAACAAUGGCCGCAUAAGUUCGGAGGAGGUGGGGCAAAAAGUUUCGCCUCCCAAAUUAGACGGCGUUAUGGAGCACACCAGUGCUGCACGAAAGCGGCGUUCAUUGGAAAUGAUGUCGAAACUUUACCAAAGUCAAGAAAUUUCAUCGGAAAGCGAAGCUCCAUUCGUAGAGCGUCUUUAUUCGCCGAGUGAAAAGUUAACAGAACGAUAUCAAAGUCAAGAAUUUGUUCCCCUACAUGCAUCCUCCACACAAGUUCAACAAGCACAAUUUCAAGUAUCACAAAAAUCAAAAGCGCCACAGCCAUCAAUGAAACCCAAAGCACCGCAACCGCCGACAAAACCAAAACCACAAGUAACACGCCCGCUUAUGCAAGCCUUGUUGAAACAUAUGAAAGCUGUUAGCAAAGCUGAGGAAACAUCAGCUUCCGCCUCUGAGGCAUCAACAUCAUCACAGACAAGUGCAUCCGCAAAGACCACACCCCCACCAUUACCCGAUAUGCCGCCUACUAUGUCGUCAAAUGAUCUACCAAGAGCCCAUUCAGUUGGUCAACUGCCCGAAAAGCCACUUGCAAAGCACCAUAGCUAUGAUGAUAAAACCUUGUCGAAAUCACAAAUACGAGAAUAUAAAACGAAUAAAUUGCGCCAAUCGAACUCUUUUCACGAGCACAUGCUAUCGAAAUCACAGCAGUCGUCGCAAGAAUCGAUGCCACCACGGAUUGACGAAGAGUCGUCGCAGGGGGGGGAAGGUAACGGGGUAUCGUCGGCCACCACAUCAGCUACCAUUUACAGCGAGACGACUACAAGUACGGAAACAUCGUCGCCAAUGUUACCACAGCGUGCAGAAAAGCUCGUUAAAUGUUCACCAUAUUAUUCAAGUAGCCUUAGUUCUGAGUCACCUCCAAACCAACUUAUACAGAAACCACCUCGAAAAUGUUCAAUUACACGUAACACCAUGAUUAAAAGUCCACCGAGCGGCAAUGACACCGACAGCUCUAUGGAUAUACGCACACAAGAUCCAAAACUGCGGAAUAAAGGGUAUCGUAGGAAACGGCAAGUGCCUGCCAAACGAAUGCGUUCGACGGAAAGGGCCUUAAUGGAGCAGGAAAGUUCGGAAUGUUCCGAAGGUUAUUUGCCAGAAAUUGACUCGGGCAGUUCGGAUCCUUCCUAUCGACCGGAAGAUCAGUAUUUGGAGUUCGACGAGGAAUUGGAACAUGAACAAGAAACCGAUGAGUACGAUGAUUAUCCGCAAUAUUCCGGCGCCGCAUUUGCGGCAUCAAGCACAUUCGAAAGUUUGGACAUGACAGAUAAUGUAGAUGAAAUGGGCUUCCCACGCUACGAUCGUCUGAGUCAUAUUACCAAUCCGAUGUAUCAGCCACAGUUAAUGCAGCCAAUGACAAGUCAAAAUGUUGUUUCGAAACCGGCACCAGCCAAUCAUCCAAUGCCACCGCCAAAUGGACAGCCAGUGAAACCGGCGCGCACCAAAAAACGCCAGCUAAAGCGUGAAGAAUCCACCACUAGCGAAGUAAUCGGAGAAAAAUCUGCUGGUGCAGAGCAAUAUCACAUGCGUUCAUAUGCUACGCCAGAUGAAAGUGAAGUUGAGAGCAAAGCUGGACUUUCAGAUGACCUGGCAAAUUCAAGCGAGGAAAGCAGCGGAUUUGUGCGGGCCACUGGCACGAUCAGACGUACCACUACUGACAUGCAUGCACAAUAUGGCGGUGAUGUGGAAUUGCCCUAUCCGGAUUUCCUGUCAGACUACGAGAAUGAACCGAUUGAGUAUGAACGCUAUGCAUGUGGAUUGGAUAUUCGAGUUGAUCCGCCGCCCAAGUUUGAUGAUUCGGAUGAUUUAAGCGAUCGCUGA